GUUUAAGUUUUUGGUUAUAUAAAGCCAUUCAAUGCCUCAUCACUCAUACCCCAAAACCAAAUUAAAUCAAUCUUUCUUUAUUUCUCACUUCUUGUCACAAAAUAAGAAAUAUGACAACAAACACAGAAAACCUUUGGGUUUUUGCUAUAGCUACAAAAUGCAAAUCAUUCAACCCCAUCAGCUCUAUAUGCUUUGUACUUGUUUUUCUUCUUGUCUGGUUAGUCAUGAACAUGAUUUACUGGACUCACCCUGGUGGUCCAGCUUGGGGUAAAUAUAAUAAAUUGACAAAAUAUUUUCUAGUGAAAAAUAAAAUUCCUGGCCCUAGAGGAUUUCCCCUGAUAGGUAGCAUGGACAUGAUGACUGGUUUGGCACACCAAAAAACUGCAACCAUGGCCGAAUUUUUCAACGCCAAACGUCUCAUGUCUUUCAGCCUAGGGGAAACCCGAGUUAUCGUAACGUGUAAUCCUGUCGUAGGAAAAGAAAUAUUGAACAGUCCAGUGUUCGUUGAACGUCCGGUAAAUGAGACAGCUUACAAAUUAAUGUUCGAUAGAGCGAUUGGGUUCGCGUCUUAUGGGAUCUACUGGCGAACACUUAGAAAAAUUGCGUCCACGCACAUGUUUAGUCCGAAGCAGAUAAAAGCAUCCGAAGCUCAAAGGUUUGAAAUCGCGAAACAGAUGGUGGCGAUUUUUAACGGGAGUCCCUGCCUACGGGUUCGGGAUGUGGUGAAAAAGGCUUCUUUAAACAACAUGAUGUGUUCUGUUUUUGGACGAAAGUAUAGCCUCCUCGAUCGUUCUAACGAAGAGACAGGGGAGCUGGGAGCUCUUGUCAGUGAAGGUUAUGAUCUUUUGGGAAUGCUAAAUUGGUCUGAUCAUCUCCCUUGGUUAGCUGAAUUUGAUCCACAGAAAAUUCAGCACAGGUGCUCACAGCUCAUGCCUAGAGUGAACCAGCUCGUGGGUAAGAUCGUCAAUGAACACAGGGCUCAACCUUGUAGUGUUCACCGCGAUUUUGUGGACGUUUUGCUCUCUCUUCAGGGCCCUGAAAGAUUAUCAGACUCUGAUAUGAUUGCCGUGCUUUGGGAGAUGAUAUUCAGGGGAAGUGACACGGUGGCAGUACUAAUAGAGUGGAUAUUAGCACGGAUGGUACUUCAUCCUGACGUUCAGUCAAAGAUACAAGGCGAGCUAGACAGGAUUGUCGGAAGAUCACGGUCCGUUAUUGAGUCCGAUGUAACCAACAUGGUUUAUCUGCCAGCUGUAGUGAAAGAAGUACUUAGGUUGCACCCUCCGGGCCCACUGAUGUCCUGGGCCCGUCUCGCGAUAAAGGACACGACAGUGGAUGGGUAUCACAUACCUGUGGGAACCACAGCUAUGGUGAACAUAUGGGCCAUCACAAGGAGUGAAGAGGUUUGGACAAAGCCACUUGAGUUUAAGCCCGAAAGGUUCAUGAAUGAGAUCGAACAUGUAGAUUUUUGGGUGUUGGGAUCUGAUUUGAGACUCACACCAUUUGGUUCCGGAAGGCGAACUUGUCCAGGAAAGACACUGGGCUUGACCACAGUCACUUUUUGGGUAGCAAAGCUUUUGCAGGAGUUUGAAUUCGGGCCUACCGAUGGAACCAAAACGGUUGACUUGUCUGAAGUGCUAAGGCUUUCCUGUGAAAUGAAAAACCCACUGAUGGUGAAGGUGCAUCCAAGAAAUGUAACUAAUUAAACGUCCCUAUUAAGUUGUUUACAUUACUAUGUGUCUGCAUUGUAUGGUUAUUACUUUAAAUAAGAAGUAUGUUCUAAUUGUUAGUACUUCAUAUUUACUAUAAUAUAUUACUAGAUCCCGUAUUAUGUAGCAAAUUAAAUGUAACAAUUAAUUUAGUGCAAUGAGUUGGUUAUGUUAUUUUUC